UAAACUAGCUUGAAACUACAUGCCCCAUCUACUGUCGGCGUUGCAAUGUUUUUAACGGAUAACCUGGGCCGGAGCAGACUGCAAUAACUCUACAAACAGCUGUCUCAUCGUUGGACAUUAAACACGGAUCACUGAAUACUGCCGACAACUGACAGAAAUGUCAUCGACGUCGAGUGACGCAGAGUCGUCCUGUGGCUGGACGAUUAUUAGUAACGAGGGUUCAGAUAUAGAGACGUUGGGAUCGGAGGUUGCAGUGGAGUAUGGAGUCGACCUGUUGGAGCGCCCUCCAGUGGUGGAAGCAGAGUUGCGGGACACACCAGCUUCUGCAUCUGGUUCUGGGUGUGAUGUGGAGAGGGUAGGCGUUCCACUCGACGACACUCUGGGAGAUCAAACCAUGAAUGAAACACUGUAUGCUUCAAAGGCUGGAGACAACCCUGCAGAGAAAGAGCAUGUGACUCUGUUGUCCUCCAGCGAUCACUCCGACAUCGUGACUCUAGGAGACGUGAAGGAGGACGAGCAUGCAGAGGUGGAGGAGGUGGCAGCAGCACAUGAAGAGUUUUACCUCGGCACCUCCUGCAGCAGCCAGUAUGCGUUCAGUGCUGCAGAGACCGUUUUUCCAGGAAAGCAGCCUGCAGCCACAAACUCGAGCAGCAGUGAGGACGAGGCAGGACGAAGUCCCAGCACUGUUGUACGAAGACGAAGGCUAAGGAGGAAUACGACGAGUGUUGUGACAGAGCCUGAGGAAGAGGAGGAGGAGGACGCGCUGGAGUCUGAUCCAAGUGAUGAGGAGGAGGAAGAUGAGGUCAAAAGAGAGAGAGAGCAGGGCGAGGUCAGACCUGCUACUCCGGAUGUCCGAAUGCGAGGACAGGGCAGCAGCAUCCUCAACAAAUGCAUCCUUCUCGCCCUCAUCAUCGCCAUUAGCAUGGGCUUCGGUCACUUCUAUGUCCACAACCAAGACUACUACUACUACAAGACUACUGUGCUUAUGCAAACCUUUAACAGCACCGUCCAAAUUCAAGAGAGGCAGAAAAUUGUGGAGAAAGGCAAAGUGAACGAGCUCGAGGGUGUGAGGCAUCUGCUUCAAAAGCACGUCCAGAGGGUAGACUUUGGCUUUGAUGAUAUGUAUGAGCAAGAAGUUAUUUCACUGCUCACAGAUGUCAUUGAGAAAGUAAAGAAAGAGAAUGAGGAGCUCUACAUUAAGCAGGCAAACAUUCAGGCCCACAAGGACGGCCUGGAAAUGUUAUUGAAACAGGAAGCUGAGGAGAGGACUAACAUCAUGUCUCAGCAGCAGAGCCUGACAGUGGAGAACAAGCAGUUAAAGAGCCUCCUGAAACAAGAGGAAAAAUCCCUGUCUGCUUUGCAGGACGAGCUGGUGAUCCUGCGCUUAAAGAUGGCAGAUUUUGAUGCUAGUGGGGACACGUGGGUUUCCUCACAGUCAGAAAACCAGAGGCUGGGAGACGAGCUGGAGCACAAGAAGCAACAGAUCCAAAGCCUUCACAGCCAGCGGGAAGACAUGAUAGCCGAAGCACAGACACUGAGGAAGAAUCUCGAAAUGGAGAAGAAAGUUACAGAUGAGUUGAGGAGGGAGUUGAAUCGACUGAGAAGUCGCAUCAGUGGAGCUGGAAGAGGAGCCGGUUCAGAGGCAGAAGAGUUACAGUCACGUCUGAUGGAGCUGGAGAAGAGGCUCAGCUUCGAGCAGCAGCGCUCUGACCUGUGGGAGAGGCUGUAUGUGGAAAACAAAGAAGAGAGAGCCAAAGGAGACACAGAGUCGAAAGUGAAAAAAAAGGGCAUGGCGGGGAAGGUGAAGGACACAUUUGAUGCUGUGAAGAACUCCACCAAAGAGUUCGUCCACCACCACAAAGAGCAGAUCAAGAAAGCGAAGGAAGCUGUGAAGGCGAACUUGAGGAAAUUCUCAGAUUCUGUCAAAUCAACUUUCCGCCACUUCAAGGACUCAGCUUCGACCUUCAUCAACAAGGCCAGAGGCUUUUAUCAAAAGAGAUGUGACGAGAAGAAUACAAAAGAGUCACGGCAGCACAGGUACCACAAACCUCAACACAGACACUCACACAAAUCUGACGAUUCCUUCCACAGCAACCACAACACUCGAAAAUCAGGUGAUAAAGUUAAUCAAGAUCGAGGUCAAAACACCCACAAAGCCAACCUGAAAAGAUGCGCUGGGGUCUUCGACUGCGCCUACCAGGAAUCCAUGAGCCUCUUCAACAAAGCCAUGGAGCCGAUAAGAGCAGACGAGUUUUACCAGCUGCUUCAGAGCUACAUGCAGCAGGAGGUCGACCACUUCCACCACUGGAAAGAGUUGGACAUGUUCAUCAACAACUUCUUCCACAACGGCGUGUUCAUCCACGACCAGAUGCUGUUCACAGACUUUGUUAACGGUGUGGAGGACUAUCUGAUGGACAUGCACGAGUAUCAUGGUCUUGAUGACGAUCUGUUUGGAGAUCUUGACGACUACGUCUUCCGGCACUUCUUUGGAGCCGCUUACACAAAAAGCUAUGGCCUGAGUGCACCAUUUGAAAGACCUGAGUCAGAUUCAAAGGAGGAGUCCAGGACAAAGCAUCAUCAACGUAAGCAGCAGAGACCCAGACCUCGACCACACAGUGAACGCAAGUGGAGCCGAUCAGGAAGAAACGCAGACAGACACAUAGCAGACGUCAAAAUAGAACUGGGUCCCAUGCCGUUUGAUCCCAAAUACUGAA